GACGGUCAAUCCCAAUUUCAUCACUCCCGCAACAUCUUCUUUGAACCCCCUCGCCAGCGGCAUUCAUCCCGCUGCCUUAUUCUUCUUCGUCGCCCAUUCCAGCCAACAUUGGGAGGGCUAAAUUGAGCAGCAAGUCCAAAGCUUUCUUCCAACCCUCCUCUCUUAGUGGACGAAUAUGAACCCUAAUUUUUGUUUCCCCUAAAUCCCUCUGCAACUCCACCUUCCUUAUAGGAUAUAAUCCCAACCAAUUCAAUCCCAUAUCAGGAGGAGGAAGGGGGAAACAAUGGGGAAACGAGACUCGACCCGAUGCUUCUCCUCUCUCUCUCUCUCUCUCUCUCUCUCUCUCUCGUCUAGCAGGAGCAUCAGCGCGACGGUAAAAAAAAAGAAAAAACUAGUGGCAGCGACUCUCGGCGGGAGUGGUGAUGAGUUGAAGCAGGUCGUGCUCGUGGAUACCGCCAAAACCAACUCGCCGCCGUGGAAUCGCUGCGGCGUCGUGACCAGGGAAGACAGGGAGGAUGAGGUGGAAGGGAAGAUGAAGACGUGAGGCUGCGGCGGGGUGGAUCAACCCAGGCCUUAAUUUUUGGGUGGGUUGGUUCAGGGUAAAUUUUUAAUCAAUAAUUUGAAUUUGUUUAUUAAUAGUUUUGAUGAGGUGGUGCUGAUUAAGCAAGGGAGAUGGAAUUUUGGACGGAAAGUGAUGGGGUUAUCAUUUUAAUAUUCGCUCAAACAUUUGUUAUCAAAUUUUUACAAUUUAAAAGUUUGUAACUGAUUUUUACCAAGUGUAAAGGUCUGUGACAUGCUAAUUACCCAGUAAUCUUGUCACAACUUCAGAUUCUUCAAAUUUCAGCCACAUGAAUCGUCGGUAGCAAGUCCAAACGUGUAAAAUGAUGAAUUUAAUUCCUUCCUCUACCCCGCCCACUCCCUCACUCGCCUCCAUCCUCUAAUCAUGGCGCAUUUUUCAUAUCCCCUCACCGACAUUGCCAUCCCCUUCUGAGAUCCAUUAAGCUGCUUACUUCACUGACUACAAGUUCUGCAAAAACCAAAGCAAGAAGCAACUUCUAGCUAGUCCCCUGAACUCAGUCCUCCAAUGGAGUCUCCGAACCCAUCUACCGCCGGGAAGCCAAUUAGAUGCAAAGCUGCGGUCUGCCGAAAAGCAGGGGAACCGUUAGCCAUCGAGGAGAUAAACGUCGACCCGCCACGCUCCCGCGAAGCUCGGAUUCGAGUCAUCUGUACAUCCAUCUGCAACACCGACGUCAGCUUCUGGAGAAUGACGUCGUCCCCGGGCGGCUUCUUCCCCAGAAUCCUCGGCCACGAAGCCGUUGGAGUAGUGGAGAGCGUUGGAGAGGGCGUGACAGAGUUGAAAACAGGGGAUACCGUUGUCCCUGUUUUCCUUCCCGAUUGUGGCAGAGAAUGUGCCGAUUGUAGAUCGGAGAAUAGCAACCUCUGCUCCAAACUGCCGUUCAAGCUCUCUCCGGGGAUGCCCAGAGACGGCACGAGCCGGUUCGCCGAUCUUCGAGGGAAUGUGAUUCACAACUUCCUCUCUGUUUCCGGAUUCAGUGAGUACACGGUUGUGGACGUUGCGCAUCUCACUAAGGUUGAUUCGUCGGCGCCUCCGGAGAGAGCUUGCCUCCUCAAUUGUGGAAUUGCCGCGGGUGUUGGGGCGGCUUGGAGAAAGGCGAAUGUGCAGAAAGGGUCGACCGUUGCAAUCUUCGGCCUCGGGUCUAUUGGUUUGGCUGUUGCGGAGGGAGCGAGGCUGUGUGGUGCUGGGAGGGUUAUUGGGAUCGAUACAUACCCAGAAAAGCUCGAGAUGGCGAAGCAGUUUGGAGUGACAGAGUUCGUCAAUCCAGUUGAUUGCGGAGAUAAUUCGUUGAGCCAGGUGAUCAACGAGAUGACUGGAGGAGGUGCAGACAGUUGUUUUGAAUGCGCUGGUUCUCCAUCUUUGAUGGAGCAAGCCUAUGCUUCAUGUCGAAAGGGAUGGGGGAAGACGAUAGUUCUGGGAGUAGGCGGAGAAGGGUCAGAGAUGAAACUGCAAUGCAUGGACGUUCUCCAGAGUGGGAGGACACUUACGGGAGCACUAUUUGGAGGCCUCAAACCCAAAACCCACAUCCCAAUUCUGCUGCAACGUUACAUGGCCAAGGAGCUAGAGCUUGACAAGUUUGUGACGCAUGAGAUGGAAUUUGAGGAUAUCAACAAGGCCUUUGAUCUACUUGUUGAAGGGAAGUGUCUCCGUUGUGUGAUUUGGCUGUACCGCCCAGACCAGUCGGUUGCUUAAUGCACCGUGUCGUGUGAUUCGUUUUGAAACAAAAUAUUUCAUGGAGUGACGUGUAUGUUGUAACCAGGGGUUCUUAGGGUUUGAGAAAGCUCUAAAUCCAUUAAGGUGUAAAAUUAUACUACAAUAACUAGAUUAAGGUCCGAUUCACUCGUCGGAAGAACUUAAUUUAAUAAGUGAUAUCUCAAUUAUUUAUGUCACAUGCAAUUACUUAGAGAAAGAGAGUUAGGUACUCUCAAUUCAUUAAGUUGUAACAUUAUACUACACUAACUACAUUAAGGUCUGAUUCACUCGUCUUGUCGGGAGAGUUGGAUUCUCUCAUAAGUCAUAAGUGAGAAUCACAUUAGCAAUAUACAAAAUUAUUAAAUAAUGUAACAAAUACGUUAGUGAAUUAUGGGCUUUCAAUAUUUCAAUUUUUCCCCGAAUAACCCAACCUCCUAUCAGAAAUUAACACUAUUAUCAUUGUUUUUCACAAUUUAUCUGGAUUUUUGUUGCUUAAUAGUGAAAUUGUAGCCGGAAAAAUGUGGUGUGAGAAAAAUAAGUAAUCUAUCUGUUCAUAACUAUUAAGCAUUCCAUGCACAUUUUAUUGAUUGAAGUAUUAGGUGUGCAGGUUGAUCAUUUGAUCUUCCAUCUAAAGCUAAUUUUGCAUGGUAUUGACAAAUCAUAAUGUAAUAACAUUCACAUACUUAGGUGAUUUAAGUCUCUUUAGUACUACACUGACUUGUAUGAACGGUUUUGGGUUUGGCUUACACAAUAUUAUGUGUAUUUUGUUGGUUAUUGCACAUGCAAGAAGGUAGCAUGACCAUUUGCGCAAGUGCCCCUUCACCAUGGAAAAGUUAAUAUGCUAACUUGAAGAUUCGUUAGCAUAUACUAACUGAUAUUCAAAAUACAUGAACUAAUAUCCAAGUACUAAAGUAUCUAGAGAGCACAGACUAGUAUUCAAAGUUUGCUAACUGAUAUCCACCAUGAAUCAACUAUUAUCCCAAAUUCACAAACUAAUAUCUAGACAACACAGAAUAGGGAUGAGAUUAGGUGCUAACCCUUAUAGGGGUUAGCACCGUGAUAACUAGCAAAAAUCACUACGGAUUAUUAUAAAAUCAAUACAACAUCUAAGCUAAAUCACUACUAAUUCAAACUAGUAUUAGUUUUUCCCUUAGUUAGGACGGUGCUAACUAUUGUACAAUUAGCACCGUAGCCGUUCCCCACAGAAUAGUAUCCAAACAGCACAUAAUUAGUAUCCAGAUAACACAUAAGAGUAUCCAGAUAACCCAUAAGAGUAUCCAUAUUGAAUACUAGUUGGUUGAUUGUGGAUAUUAGUUGGUAUCUGCUAUCUGGAUACUAGUUUGCGAUGUUUUAAAUACUAGUCUGUGCUAUCUAGAUACUUAGCAGACUUGGAUAUUAGUUCAUACAUUUUGGAUAUUAGUUAGUAUAUACUAAUGAAUCUUCAAGUUAGCAGAAUAACUAGGCUGCCUUCACCAUAUAAAAAAAGUCUGGUUAGUUGGUUAGACUAGUUAGAGUCUAUGACCAAAUCAACCACUUAAAUCACACUCAAUAAGAAUUUUUAUAGAAC